CGUUUCCAUUUUCUGUCUCGAUACUUUUUUUCGUCAAAAUCUAAAACCGUAGCUAUGUGGAACGACGAAGCCGAUCGUUUGCUACUAAAAAACUUCGGUUCCCUUUAUCCUAGUAAGUGUUCAGAACUAAUUAGGGUCUUAGGAGGCAGGUUUUCCAUUGAGCAGUGUUUAGAAAGAAUUGAUGACCUUGAUCGGAAGAAGAAGAACAACUGGUGUGCCUAUGACGAACCAGGUGUUUGCAAGAAAAAGCAUCUUUGUAACUUUCAACACAAAAAAGUCUAUGAAAGGGUUGGCGAAGAGAGGGUACUAGAGGUUGAUCCUCUGAGAACUCUUGCAGAGAAGAAGAUUGCCAGGAUGAUGCAAGAAUCCCAAGAGGACAAAUGGCGACAGAGGUUACGGCUCGGGAAUCCACAUGUGGAGAAAAAGAGUCAAUCUUACAAUACAGAGAAAGGGUUUGAGAGAGAGCACAAAGGGCUUGAGAAGCAUGUCCAAGCACAUUUACGCAAACAAGAUGUUGCAAGGAAUAAAAUUGCUCAGAGACAGGAUGCUCCAGCUGCUAUAUUGCAAGCGAAGAAGCUGAAUGAUCCGGACGCUGUUAGGAAGAGGUCAAAGAUGUGUUGCGCCAGUGACCUUCUUGCCAAGAAUGAGGAGCUAACAGAAGGCAGUGCUGCUACUCGUGCACUUUUGACAAGUUACUCACAAACACCAAGGCAAGGAAUGACACCCAUGAGGAGGACGCCUCGAAGAACUCCUGCUGGUAAAAUGACACCCAUGAGGACGCAUAAAAGAACUCCUGCUGGUAAAGGUGAUGCUAUUAUGAUGGAAGCAGAAAGCCUCGCCAGAUUAAGAGACUCUCAGAAACCUUUGCUAGGAGGAGAAAAUCCUGAGUUGCACCCUUCUGACUUCACUGGGGUCACUCCGAGAAAGAAGGAGAUUCAAACGCCUAAUCCAAUGUCGACCCCUUCAAUGUCUCCUGGUGUUUCUGGUCUUACUCCAAGAAUUGGCUUGACGCCAUCAAGGGAUGGUUCUUCUUUUCCUAUGACACCCAAAGGGACUCCCUUCAGGGUUCAACUUCACAUUAAUGAAGACAUGGACAUGCACGAAAGUGCAAAACUUGAGAGGCAGAGACGAGAGGAAGCUAGAAGGAGUUUACGCUCUGGUUUGACUGGGCAAAUAGUUGCACAACCUCCUCGAGAGGAAAGUGAAGAGCCAGCAGAGAAAAUUGAGGAAGACAUGUCAGACAAGAUAGCGAGGGAAAAGGCUGAGGAAGAAGCAAGACAACAGGCAUUGCUUAAGAAGAGAUCCAAGGUCUUGCAGAGAGAUCUUCCUAGAACCUCAACUGCUUCAUUGGAAGUAAUUAGGAACUCGUUGCUUUCAGCUGAUGGAGACAAAAUUUCUGUUGUUCCUCCUACUCCGAUUGAGGUUGAUGAUAAGAUGGUAAGAGAGGAGCUUCUACAGUUGCUGGAGCAUGAUAAUGCAAAGUAUCCGCUUGAUGAGAAAGCUGAGAAGAAGAAAGGAGCCAAGAACCGUGCCAACCGUUCUGCUUCUCAAGUUCUUGCAAUUGACGAUUUUGAUGAAAAUGAACUCCAAGAGGCUGACAAAAUGAUAAAGGAGGAGGGGAAGUUUCUUUGUGUGUCAAUGGGACAUGAGAACAAGUCACUUGAUGAUUUCGUAGAAGCUAACAACACAUGGCGUGAAUCAGAGAGCCAAUAGUUUUUGAGCCACUAGAGCUACACUAGAGCUACACAACGGUUAUACGUUGAACUUUUGAUGUGGUGUUCUCUUCACCACCUUUAACUCUCAGUUUCUCUCCGUUUUGUAUCUCAGUUUUAACAAAGACAAAGAGUAUGG